CACCGCUCAAAUUAUUAGUACUACCCUAGAGGCUAAUGGCACAGCAAGUUCGUCACCGCCGCACAGAAAGCUACGAUAAGAUAGCCACAUAUCAUUCACCUGACGGAGCCUCACGCGGCUGCCUAAUGAUUCAUUCGGCAAUGCAGCAAACGAACAGCUCCCAUGACGACGCUUGACUGCAUGCAUGUGUGUUGAGGCUAGCGGCUGACAGUAUCGAGGGCGAGGUUCGUGAGAACCAACCUACACCUGUUUGUUAACCAGGUCAACCGAUCAACUGCAGCAGUGGUUCACGAGUACCAUUCGUUCACUCGAUCACCUUCUGUCUUCAUACAAUACUUUGGCCUUUAGCAUUGAACUCUCUAUGCAUCAGCCUUGUGGCCCUGGAUCCGCACGCCGGUAGCUAGCACCACCACACCCAGAGUCAGCCCUGGAGGCAUCCUGUACAAGGGCACCGAGUCUGAGACACAGCCCAACAACAUGGAAUCCAGGGAGCUUCUGAAAGUCCAGAUUGUGUCACUAGAACCCGUUUGCAGAGUGUAUCAAGAAGGAAGAGCUUGUCGUGUGGGUGAGCCAACCGCGAAGGGACUAACGAGCUUACCACCAGAAGUGCUUGAGUUGGUGUACCAUCACCUCGACAGCAUUGACGAUGUGCAUAGCUUUGGGCGUGCUCACAGCAAGACCUACCAUAUCAUCAAACGGCAGACAGUCUACACCGAGAUUAUGCGGUCCAUCAUUGGGCGAUCGUGGGCGCAUCGAUACGACUUGCAGCUAUGCAACAUCAUCCAGCUUCAUCGAGAUGUUGUCCGACAUUUCCAGCAACACGGCCAACCAUUCCCAGUAUCUUCUGAGCACAGCGGCCAGGGCUACAAUGAGUGGGAAUCGAGACUCGCGAGUACGACCAUUGUACCAGAAUGCGCUUAUGGUCCCUGUGCGGCAUGCAUACCUGACGUUCUAGUCUACGAUAUUCUGGCACGGUACCAGGGCAUGCGAAUGCUUGAAGACAUAUGGCUUAGCAGACAGCUCGAAGAAACAGAUCUUCUAGCAGCUGAUGCUACCCAAGAUGAGAAAGAACUCGUACGCCGGUAUGCGUGUGUUCUCGGUCGCGUGCAGGAUUUUGAGCAAGGGGACCUUGAAGCCCGGAGUAUGAAAGUCCCUGCAACUCAUGGUUAUACCAAGCUCAAUUCGGACCAAAGAGGCAGGUUCCAUUCGGCUGUCACGUUCGUCUGGAUCCUGAAUGAACUUCGCUGGGUACUGACGAAUUUUGUAUACCCCUCUCGAAGCCAUCGUCAUAUCCAAAUACUAGAUCGGUGCAGAGCAGACUUCACGGGUCUAUGCCACAACCCUUUGCUGGACCAAUUGGACCAGCACGCUGUCUUUGCCUUCAUGUACCACCACCUGUUGCCUCUGCAUAGCCCUGUGUUGCAGGACCAGAACUCGUCAAAGCUUCCGCUUACAUUCAACACCGAGUGGUUGACGGAUGGCGCACAGUCUUCAAAGUUCUUCCAGCUCUUCCUUCUGGCUGGCCAAACAUACUUCCAACCACCAGACCUGAUCGACCUUGUCGUGCGCCACAAGAUUUCUCAAUCAGCUCCAUACCCCGAGAUGACAUUACCAACGACGACUGAACAGUGGGUCCGUCCUUCAAAAGCCUUUACCUUCCCCGCCGACGUCGUCUUCGAUGACUACACGAAUCGGUUUACACAACUAUUCAACACGCACAUUUCCCUCAUCAAUCGCUCUUCCUUCAUCCAAUCCCAGGCAAACAACAUCAACCACGCCUUCCGCCGCUCUCCACCGACAUCAUCCAGCAUUACAGACCUUGCCGGACGCUACUUCAUUGACUCUGCUGUUGCUGCGAUUGAGAAGGGCGAGAGCUACAAGGAAGGCAACAGGCCUGCACGAGAUAUGUUUUCCGGAGAGUGGCAAAAUCUGGGGAUGUGGAGUGUGUGGUGGUGGGCUAACAGCGAGGACAAGGCUCGUGCCAUCAUUGCAAGAUGGGGGGAAAAGCCCAAGACUUCACGAGAUCGUAAAACCAAUGUGCUGCCUGGCAUGCCUCACGUUAUGAGAAGUUUCCAAUGAGGAGUUUGAGAAGUCUCGAUCGUUGAUAGUGCGGGUGCUUAUUGUCCUAGUACUCACUUAAAUUACUGAAUCAAGAAGACUUUCAAAGAUCGAUAGUACCAAUCACGAUUGUAAUCUAUUUGAGACGUUGGACAAAGUAAUGGUGUGUCGACAACGCAGACCCUCCGCAAGAAGACAACGUGUUCAGGUCGUGUGCUUUCACACAAUAAGCAAUUCAGGGUUCUUGCAAUAAUGUGGGGAUGGAUGCAAUUGUCGAGCCCUGGAGGAAGUCGAUGAACCCUCGACGUGGGAACACCGGACUUCCUCAGAUCGAAUGAC